AUUUUCAUAAAUAAAUUAAAUAUCUUAUAUACUUUAAAUUCAUAUUUCUAUUAAUUAACCCUUUCUUUCUUCAGCUCCUAUUUAAGUUAAACUACGGAGUACUUUAUAUUAUUUGUUCCCACAAACAAUCUUGUUUUUCUUUCCUCUUGUUUGUGCUCCUUUGAGAGUUCAACUUUCUACUAAUUUUCCUAACACUUUGUGCAAAGUGUUGAACAUUAUUUAACAUAACAUUAACAUUUAACACUAUAAUGAAAUUUAUGAAACUAGGAUCCCGUCCAGAUACUUUCUACACUACAGAGUCAGUAAGGUCAAUUUCUUCUGAAAUUUCAAGUGAUCUCAUAAUUCAAGUAAAAGGAACUAGAUAUCUUCUUCAUAAGUUUCCACUUCUAUCAAAAUGUUUGCAUCUACAAAGAUUAUGUUCAGAGUCACUUGAUUCACCAAAUCAUCAUCAAAUAGUACAAUUACCAGAUUUUCCGGGCGGAGUAGAAGCAUUUGAACUUUGUGCAAAAUUCUGCUAUGGAAUCACAAUCACUAUAAGUCCUUACAACAUUGUAUCGGCAAGAUGCGCCGCGGAAUAUUUACAAAUGACUGAAGAUGCAGAAAAGGGUAACUUGAUUUAUAAGCUAGAAGUUUUCUUCAAUUCAUGCAUCCUUCGCGGUUGGAAAGAUUCAAUUGUGACAUUGCAAACAACAAAAGUGUUGUCUUUAUGGUCAGAGGAUUUGUCAAUUACAAAUAGAUGCAUUGAAGCUGUUUGUUCAAAGGUCUCAAAAAGGGUUAGAAAUGAUGAUGAUAUAUCUUGUAGUGGAACAGAAAGUUUGAGAGAUAAAUCAAUAAGAAAAAGAUGGUGGGGUGAAGAUUUAGCAGAAUUGAAAAUUGAUCUUUAUUGGAGAAUCAUGAUUGGUGUAAAAUCUGAUGGAAAGAUACCUUCAAAUCUUAUUGGUGAUGCUUUGAAAAUUUAUGCUUUUAGAUGGUUACCAAAAAUCGAUUCUGAUUCUGAAUCAGGAAGUGAAAUAGCUUCAAAGCAUGUUUUACUUUUGGAAUCAAUAGUAAAUUUGCUUCCGGCUGAAAAAGGCGCUGUUUCUUGUAGCUUUCUUCUUAAGCUUUUGAAAGUCGCCAAUGUUUUGAAUGCUUCUUCAUCUUCAAAGAUGGAAUUGGUUAAAAGGGUAGGACUUCAAUUAGAGGAAGCAACAGUGAAUGAUCUUAUAAUGGUUUGUGAUGUGGAUUUCGUGAUUAAAAUUUCAGAACAGUUUAUGUUGCAAUUGGUUCAAAGUCCACCAACUAGUCCUGUAAGAUCUAAGUUAGUUUUCGAAAGAAGGCGGUCGCGUUCAGCUGAGAAUGUUGAUUUUGAAUUGCAAGAGGGUAGAAGAUCUUCAUCAGCUUCACAUAGUUCAAAAUUGAAGGUUGCUAAGCUUGUUGAUAGGUAUCUGAUAGAGGUUGCUAAGGAUGUGAAUUUGUCUCUGGAUAAAUUUGUUGCUCUUGCUGAAAGUGUACCUGAAUUUGCAAGAUGUGAUCAUGAUGAUCUUUACAAUGCUAUUGAUACUUAUCUCAAGGUUCAUCCAGAGCUCAACAAGAGCGAAAGGAAAAGAUUAUGCAGAAUUCUAGACUGCAAAAAACUAUCUAUGUCAUCAUGUAUGCAUGCUGCACAGAACGAGCUACUACCGCUAAGACUUGUUGUCCAAGUUCUCUUCUUUGAGCAAGCUAGAGCAGCAAAAACUUGUGGCAAAGUCAGCAGCAUAUCAAGCAACAUCAAAGCAUUACUCACUUCUUAUGGAAUUGAUCCAUCAAAACAUGCAGCACAAUUAAGCACAACUACAAGUAUACAUACUGAUGAUAAUUGGAGUGUUAAUGGAUUCAAGUCACCAACAAAAUCAACUCUUAGGAUGAAACUAGCCGAGGAUGAUUUAGAUGAGAAUAAUGAUGUGGCAAGCAAUAGCAUUGGAAAAAGUUCUAGAUUUAAAAGUUUUUGUGCUCUUCCUACUAAGCCUAAACGAAUGUUUAAUAAGUUGUGGUUUACCAAUAAAAGCACAACUCAAAAGAAUUAAGUGAAAUUUAUUUUUUUCAAUUUUUCUGUUUGGGAAUGGUAAAAUUAGAGGGUAGCAUAUUAUACCAUAUUUUCCUCAUUUGUAAAAAGCCUUGUAAGUUUAAGGGUAUAUAAAUGAAUCCAAAUGUGCAGUGUUCAUGUAAUGUAUAACGAUAAGAAAUAAGAUUUUCUUUACAUUAGAGGAAAUCUCCUUCCUUGAUAAAUCUCAUAUGUGAAAAGCAUGAUAAUGUCACAAGGUCUUCAAAAGACUAUAUGCAACUGCAAUUGUAAAUUUGUGACUGCGACUUUUAAAA